AUGGUUGAUUCUAUUGUUUUACGGACAUUUAUUAUUGACAGGUCUGAAGCUGAGCUAGUUAACACCAUUGCGAAGGAUGUUUUAGAGAAAGUAGAUGAUGGACAAUUGUUUGUUGUUGACCAUCCAGUGGGAAUAGAGUCUCGAGUUCAGCACCUGGCAAGUAAAUUGUCAAAAAAGAGAUUUAGAAAAGCUCUUAUCAUCGGCCUCUGGGGGAUGGGAGGCGUUGGUAAAACUACUGUUGCCAAAGCCCUGUACAAUACAAUUGGUCGUAAGUUUAGAAGAGCAAGAAGUUUUCUUGCAAGUAUAAGAGAAAAUUCAAAGCAUUCUAAUGGCCAAGUUAAUUUACAAAAGCAACUCAUUUCUGAUAUCAUUAAUACAGAAGUUUUCAAGGUACCUAACAUUGAUAGAGGGAAAAGAAUAAUUCAGGAAAGAUUUCCCAACAUAAAAGCAUUUGUUGUAUUGGAUGAUGUGGAUAGUGUCAAUCAGCUGAAUACAUUUUGUGGAAGUCUUGAAUGGUUUUGUCCAGGGAGUAUAAUAGUCAUAACAACUAGAGAUCUCCAUCUGCUUAGUGUUAUUAGAGCUGACCACAAGUAUAGAAUGAGAACAAUGGAUGAAAUUGAGUCACUCGAGCUUUUUAGUUGGCAUGCUUCUAAGCAAGAAGCUCCCCUUGAAGACUUCAUAGAACUUUCUAAAAAUGUAGUUGCUUACUGUGGUGGGCUUCCUCUAGCUCUUGAAGUGCUUGGUUCUUAUUUGUUUGACAGAAAAAUUGAAGAAUGGGAGGAAGUGUUGUCCAAAUUAGAAGAGAUUCCGAAUGAUGAGAUACAAGCAAAGUUAAAAAUAAGUUUUGAUGGUUUAAAGGAUGAUAUGGAGAAGAAUAUAUUUCUUGAUAUUUGUUGCUUCUUUUUCAAUAAGGAUAGAAAUUAUGCCACGCACAUAUUAAAUGGAUGUGGAUUUAAGGCAAAAAUAGGUAUAACAACCCUCAUUGAGCGAAGCCUGCUAAAUGUUAAUAGGAACAAUAACAAGCUUGAAAUGCAUGGCUUAUUACGUGACAUGGGAAGAGAAAUCAUUUGUGGAAGCCCUCGAAAGGACCCUGAGGAUCGCAGUAGAUUGUGGUUUCAAGAGGACGUAACUGAAGUGUUAAUGCAAAAUACGGCAACAAAAGUUAUUGAGGGCAUAUCCCUCAAGAAGCCCCAUGAAGUAUGUGAGAUUGAUUCUAAAGCAUUCAAGGCAAUGAGAAAACUCAGAUUGCUCCAACUAGAAUAUGUAAAUCUUGAAGGAGAUUAUAGGCAUCUUUCCAAUAAGCUAAGGUGGCUUUGUUGGCAUGGAUUUCCUUUAAAAUCCAUACCUGACAGCUUGCACCAGAAAAGCUUAGUUGUUGUUGACUUUAAAUACAGCAACCUCAGGCUAGUUUGGAAGAAGCCCCAAUUGUUGCCAUAUUUGACAAUUCUUAUUCUCAGCCAUUCACCUCACUUGAGACAAACUCCUGAUUUUACAAACCUACCAAACCUUGAAAAGCUAGUGCUGAAAGAUUGUCUGAGCUUAGUGUUAAUUCACCAGAGCAUUGGAGAUUUGAAAAAAAUUAUUUUGGUAAAUCUAAAAGACUGCAAAUGCCUGAGGGUUCUUCCUAAAAGCAUGUACAAGUUGAAAUCAUUAAGAACUCUCGUUCUUUCUGGUUGUUCAUUGAUUGACCAUUUAGAAGAAGAUAUUGAGCAGAUGGAAUCGAUGACAGUACUAAAGGCAGAUCAUACUGCCAUAACAGUAAUACCCAAGGCCUUAGCAAGAUUGGAAGCGCUUAAGCAUGGAUAUGUAUCUUUCCCAGGCCGCGAAGGAAGAGCACAAGAUGUAUUUCCGUCUCUCAUAUGGUCUUGGAUGUCACCCACCGAUAUUCCCCGGUCCAGCAGUGAAGAAUUUUUGCUGAGCAUGUCAUCUCUAGUUUUUUCUGUUAUACAGAAUGGCAGAUUUCUUGGCCUAUCUCCAUUUCUGGGCGAUCUUGCCAAGCUUCGAGGUAUGUGGGAGGAAUGCCGAUCAGAGUCUCGAUUCAAUGGAGAAAUGGCAAGACUUACGGAUGCCUUGUAUGGGACAAACUUCAUGGAAUUGGAAUCCCCACCAAGCAGAUCCGGGGAAGCUUCUACAUCACUUGACGGUCAUGAUCAAGUUCACAAUGCAACAUCGGCAGAUUUCCUCAAUUCUCUUUUAAUUCAAAUGGCAGAGAGCUACAAGGUAGACUUGCUGAGAGACAAAAUACUACAGGGAUCGAGUUGCGGCGGGUGGGAUGAUUCUAACCUCCCUGGUGAUCAGUAUCCGGACUGGUUCAUCUACAAGGGCGAAGGACGCUCAGUAAUUUUUAAGGCACCUCAAGUCAUAGGGUGUCACUUGAAAGCGAUGCUUCUGAAUGUUGCAUAUUCUUCUUCCAUGGAUAACACAAGGCCUCAAUUUUUCAUAAAUGUUUUGAUAAUUAACUACACGAAGGCUUAUGUUAAACAAUGUAAGGGAGACUCGGCAACUUUCCAUGAAGAUGCGGAAUGGCAAAGUAUCAUUUCAAGUAUUCAACCUGGUGAUCAAGUGGAGCUUAUUUUAAGUAUUGGGCCUCAAUUCCCUGUGAAGAAGAUUGUAGCAUACUUGAUUUAUGAUGGUUCUAUGUGACAAGUUAUU